GUUUUGUAGCUAUGGGCGACUAGAUGUAAACAUUCAAACCAACAUCUAGUUAAUAUUCAGUCAUUCUGCGAAGGUCUUUAUCUCUUUGCGUGCCUAGUACGCUAAUUUGGUACACGUUCAUGGAGCUGCCUGAUGUAUCGUACAGCAAAGCAGAAUAUAUAGAAACGGCAUCUGGUAAUAAAGUUAGUCGGCAGUCAGUGUUAUGCGGGAGUCAAAACAUUGUCUUAAAUGGAAAGACUAUCAUCAUGUCUGAAUGUAUUGUGCGUGGCGAUCUUGCAAACGUUCGGAUUGGGCGACACUGUGUCAUCAGUAAACGAAGUGUGAUCAGACCUCCAUUUAAAAGAUUUAGUAAAGGAGGUGCUUUCUUCCCUUUGCACAUUGGUGAUCAUGUGUACAUCGAGGAAAAUUCCAUAAUAAAUGCUGCACAGAUUGGUUCUUAUGUUUACAUUGGCAAAAACUGUGUCAUUGGUCGACGUUGCAUUUUAAAAGAUUGUUGCGUCAUUGCUGAUAACACAGUGCUGCCACCAGAAACAGUGGUACCACCGUUCACCCUUAUGGCUGGUUCGCCAGCACAAGCAGUUGGUGAGUUACCAGAGUGUACUCAAGACAAUAUGACUGAUUUGACAAAAAGUUACUUCCAGCAUUUCAUACCAGACCCUAAGAGCAUUAAACCGAACACACCGUCAAGAAGGUAGCAAACAGACACCCACCUCGAGCAACGUUUGAUGUGAGAAGCACUUGGAGGAUUAGAAGUUAAAAGUAUAUGAUGGUAAUGAAUAUACUGUCUAAAUAUUAUUAUGGACAUUGUAGAAACGUAGCUGAGAUGGUAUCAGAGUAGCGGUUCAAAUAUUAUUAUCCAAGCGUGGAGUAAUAUAGCGCUUCAGGACUGGUUUUUAUUUAAGCGGUUUUGACCGAGGCUCCUAACUUCAGUCUAGUAAUGCGCAUCGGAAUUUGUAUUUGUGAUUGCUUUAAAAUUGGGACGAGUGAACUGCCUUAAAUGUUUGCAUUCAAAUUUUAAGAACGCUCACAUCUGUGCUGUAAUGGGGACUGAGCAUAUUUUAAGCUGCUUUAAUGGAAACCAACUUUUAAUACAAGAACUCUUACGUCCCAACUUUGUUAUUCUGUUAUUGUAUCGGUGUAGCAUUUAGGAGAAAAUUAUUUAUUAUAAAUCGUUAAAAGGUAGUUUCGUUAA